GUCAUUUUCCCAAUACAAAAGCAAGGGUUGGAGCUGCGUUCAGAUGUUCCUGUUGGGGGUUUGAGGCAGUUCUUCAGCAGACAGGAUGUCGAGCAAAAGCUUGACGCGGGUGGCGAGCCAGACCCGAUUGGGGGUGGGAGUGGCCGCCAAGUGUUGCAAGGAUGACCGUCGAAUUGAGUACAGCCCCCCCUCCCCGCUCUUUCCGCUCUUUCUAGUUGCUGUCUGUUCUAUCAUCUAUCUCCUCCGCAACACGCCUGCAGUGCCCUUUCUUCUGUGGUUCCUUCCUGAGAAACCAGACGCGAGAAGCUGGGGCGAGCUAGCGGCGGUUGUUCUUCUCUUAGCAGGGGUUGUCCUUGUCCUCCGGGCCGCAGUCCCGUCCCUUCGAUUGUCCCUCGCUCGGAAGAAGAAUGCAUCUGAGAAGGGGAGCGGAAAGCAGCUGCUGCUUCCCACUAGCUUAGCCCCCCACUCCGGAAAGAAACUGCACCAAGCCAAGAUUCUAGCGUCCUCCACUGCAGUGUCCCCAGACAUUGACCUUGCAAAACCCCUCCUAGCAAACAGUGCCCAAGCGUCCUCUCCGACCGGGAGCGAAAAGAGCCGCGCCCUUGCGAAGGCUACAGGGUGUGGUGUGCACAGUUACAGCAAUGGGGACAGAUACGAGGGGGAGUUCUAUCAGGGAAGGUGCGCGGGUAAUGGCGUGUAUUAUUUUGCCAUGAGCGGGCGCUACGAGGGCGAGUGGAUCGACGGCAAGUAUGAUGGGUAUGGCGUUGAAACGUGGUCUCGGGGGAGUCGGUACAGGGGCCAGUACAAGGAAGGGUUGCGAGACGGGCAUGGGGUGUACCGAUUCUACACAGGUGACGUGUAUGCCGGGGAUUGGAGCAAGGGGCAGAGCCAUGGAGUGGGAAUGCAAACAUGCGCGGAUGGGAGCAGAUACAUUGGGGACUUCCAGUGGGGGGUAAAGCACGGGUUUGGGCGAUACCAUUUCAGGAAUGGGGACACAUAUGCUGGCGAGUACUUCAACGACAAGAUGCAUGGGUACGGUGUCUACUCAUUCGCGAACGGUCACCGGUAUGAAGGCGCGUGGCACGAGGGCCGGAAACAGGGGCUGGGGCUUUACACGUUCAGGAAUGGGGAGACGAGAGCGGGAUAUUGGAACAGGGGGGCGCUCGAGACUCGGAGCACUCAAGCGGCGGACCCCCUGGCACCACAUAUGGUGCAUCACAGCAAGGUUCUACACGCAGUCCAGGAAGCCCGGCGUGCUCAGUCCAAGGCCGACGCUUUGUCGUCCAUCAAUCAGGAUAGGGUCAGCGGUGCGGUUUCGGCGGCCAACAGGGCCGCCCUCGCGGCGCGAGUCGCGGCAGUCAAGGCCACUCAACGUGCCACAAUUAGCAGCCUCAGCAGCUUGUCAUUCUCUCCGCUGGCUCAGGCAGCGGGCUAUUAGCACGCGCGCUCUGAUUUGAAUAAGUUGAGGAGUAGAGUCGGGCCUCGUCAUCUCGCGAGGCCCAUUAUUGGGGCGAUUGAGGCGCCUUUUGAGAUGCUAGCUGAUUGGGACGGAUCAGCGGGCGAAUGUGAAGAGGUAAUCAGUGCUGGCAAGCAUUGUGUAUACUAAGUCUAAUGUUGGGGUUCAGGUUUUGACAGAUUCAGCCCGAUCGGACCGAGGCCUUUGCUUAUCAUUGGUUCACGGAUUAGUCCCAGUCAACGAAAGUGUCCUUUGUAGGUAUGGUAUUCACAGCUUAUAUAGUAUGGUACAGAGGGUCCUGCGAACGCGGGACUUGGAACGUGGACCGGACAAUUGCCUAAAGCUUGUUACGCAUCAGACUAUCCUUUAUAUGUAAUCAAUUGGC